GUGUAGCGAGAUCGUGCAAAACAAACUCUUCUUGAUACACAACCAUUUUCAGUAUAAAUGAAGAAUCAAAAUAUUUUUACCAUCUUAUGACUUCAUAUGGACAUUCCUAUUGCCAGCAUCUUAUCUUGGUUGGAGCGAACAUUUCCUGAUGAACUUUGUGCAUGCGUCCACGACGCAACCGGGACGAAUAUCAAAUUUAGCUGGGUAGGAAUUUCGUUGCGCGCUAGCGCAUAGGGCACGUAUAAAUCAACUUUAAAUUUUGUGAGAUCGCGUUCCGGCAAGUCUGCCGCGCCGAAACAGCUGUCCUCCGGCGGGCCGAGGAGAGUGCCAGGCACCGGCGCCGUGCCGGGGCGCCAGAGUGGCCGACAUGGCCCAGCCGAUCCCUCUAGAGCACUACCUGGACAGCCUGGAGAGUCUGCCGGCUGAGCUGCGGCGCAACUUCACGCUGAUGCGGGACCUGGACGAGCGGUCGCACGGCCUCUCGCGCACGCUGGAGCGCGAGUCAGACGAGUACCGGGCGGCAGCUGGCGGCCUGGGGCCUGACGGUCGCCGUCGCCUGCUCGCCCAGGUGGAGCGGCUCUUCACCAAGCUGCGCGAGUUCGCCGACGACAAGGUGCAGCUCGCCAUCCAGACGUACGAGCUGGUGGACAAGCACAUUCGCCGGCUGGACUCGGACCUGGCGCGCUUCGAGUCGGAGAUCAAGCAGAAGGCGCUGGGUCAGCGCACCGGCGCGGCCGCCGACGAGAAGAAGGCCGUCAAGCGGAAGGCGGAUAGCACACAGCGCAAGCGGCGGGGUUCCGACGACGACGACGACGACGACGACGACUCGCCGCCACAGAAGAAGCGCGCCAAGAAGGCGGCGGCGAGUCAGCUGGCGCUGCCCAUCACGCACCCGUCGGACGUGCUGGACAUGCCGGUGGACCCGAACGAACCCACGUACUGCCUCUGUCACCAGGUGUCUUACGGAGAGAUGAUUGGCUGCGACAACCUCGACUGCCCCAUCGAGUGGUUCCACUUUGCCUGUGUCGGACUCUCCACCAAGCCCAAGGGCAAGUGGUUCUGUCCAAAGUGCAACCAGGACAGAAAGAAGAAGUGAGCGUCUGGAAAGGAUGGUGUGCGCGUUUCCGUGACGGGUGUUUGCCGCGGGCAUGUCGUAUUUUAUAUGUUUAGGCUGACAUGAGCUAACUGAUCAUCGAUAACGGCCGACUUUAUAGAAGAGUCGCGUAAUCUCACAUCGGCACGCCUCUUACAUUUGUAUUGUCGCUUUCUCCAUUGGUCUCACUGUGGCUCAGAUUCGCUUCCGCCGACAAUGCGAACAUGUCGGCAAUGCUGUUUGUCGUCGGUACGCUGUCCGUGUGUUGCCAAGGGCCACCAUUGAUGGCACAUUUUUGUAGCUAGUCGUCAGCACUUGUUGAUUGUUCCGCCAGUGAGUUGCUUUUCACAUGAUGCACCAGUGUUCUACCUGUCUGUCUCAAUAUGCGCCUCUCUUGAUCCAUUAACCAGGUUUGUAAUUUUCGAGCCGUUUUGUGAGCUAUCGCGUCCCACUGGUUGCCGUGCGCAGAUUCGCGACCUGCUGCCUCGGCCCAUUUCCUCAUUGUGCGCCGAUUUGCUGUUUGGUUCUUCGACAGCCCUCCCGAAGCGAUUUACAUCGUCACGUUUGCAGUGUGUGGAGCAUUUCGUCGCCAGUUCAAAGCCUAUGGGUGCUCUGUGUGAUCGCUGCGGGGACCAGGCACGCGACUGGCAGAGUCGCACCCGCCCCCGGCUGACUCGGUUGUUAGCAGGGGCGCGCGUAGCGCGCUGCACCGCCUGGACGCCACUGUGCGGUUUCAGAUGACCCGAGCAGGGUAGCAUGUGUGUACUGAUCUGCUUUUGAUACAGAAUUAUAGAAUGUCAAAUUAUGA